CCUGGUUUCCUUGUAGCCUUGAUAUCACACGCUCUUACGCGCUCAUGUGUUUACACGCUGCUGUACCAGGGUGGUCGUCUGCGACAUCCGAUUAACUCGGUCAACUGGUGUUUCUUCUAUCGAACGCGUCUCACGCCCGAAACAAACCUCUCCUUCACGAUGUGCAUUCACGUUACGUAUACUUUCUUUAAUAAGGACCUCCCCAUGCGCAACCGUAUGAAAGCCUACAUCAUUCAUCUCCAAAAUCGGAUAAUUGAAGCCUUUGAGUCUCUCGAUCCCAACGCACCAUUCAAACGAGAUAAAUGGAACCGAAAAGAAGGAGGGCUUGGGAUCUCCGCGACCGUCUGCGCAGGGAAGGUCCUUGAGAAGGCUGGCGUAAACAUCUCGGUCGUCUAUGGAAAGCUUCCUCCACCCGCCAUCAAACAGAUGAGAGCCGAUCAUUCCGAGAUCCCGUAUGACCCUGAGAGCGGGAAAAGCUUACCCUUCUUCGCUGCUGGUAUUUCACUUGUUAUCCAUCCACAACACCCACUCGCACCCACCGUUCACGCCAACUACCGCUACUUUGAAAUCAGCGAUGAUGUUCCUCAUAACGAGGUUGAUGGAAGUCAAACGGAAUCGAGUGACGAAUCAAUACCAGAAGGGGGUAAAAUCUUGGCCUGGUGGUUUGGUGGCGGCUCUGACCUUACUCCGACCUACUUACUCGAAGAGGACGCGAAACAUUUCCACAACACGCUCAAAUCCGCAUGCGAUACACACGGAAGCUCGAUUUACCCCACCUUCAAGAAAUGGUGCGACGAGUAUUUCUACAUUCCUCACAGAAAAGAAAGCAGAGGCGUAGGCGGGAUCUUCUUUGAUGAUCUCUCCACCGCGCAUCAUAAGCGACUCGACGGCGAUGGUGCCAGUAGCGUCGAGAAAUCCGACCGUCCGAAAACGGCAGACGACAUCUUUGCUUUUGUCCGCUCAUGUGGAGAUGCAUUCCUGCCAUCUUACAUUCCCAUCCUCAAACUUCGCUCAUCGCCCCCUUUCGACCCGUCGUCUCCGUUCAUGACCCCACCUCCUGAUCAUUAUCCACUCAACGAGCCACUUCCCAUCCCUUAUACCCUCCCUACCUCGCGCCUUCGACGAUGGCAACUGCUCAGGCGUGGUCGCUACGUCGAAUUCAACCUCAUUUACGACCGGGGCACUAAAUUUGGGCUCCAAACGCCAGGUGCAAGAAUUGAGAGUAUAUUAAUGAGUUUACCAGAGACGGCAAGGUGGGAGUAUAUGAACGAGCUGGAGUAUGGCGAAGAUGGGAAAGGCGUAGACGGUACUGAGGAAAGCAAGAUCUUGGAAGUGUUGCGAGUCCCAAAGGAAUGGGUUUGACGAUAUUAAUGUGCUUAGACACAGCAUAAGGCACAAGGAUCGUGGGACAGUGGCGGAAUAUGAAGGGAAAAACGGCCACAUAUGGGCAUUAUGGAUAUCCAUAACUGCGUCAACAAAAUGAAGCUCAUGUACUCUAAUGUUCGGAGUAAUAUAUAAAGUGUUAAUUUUUUCG